CGGGUGACAUCUUCCUUUUUCCCUGUGCCUAAAUGUGAGAGGUAGCGAGUCGGCGAAGUCCUUGAUUUUAAUCCGACUUCAUCCUCGUUAAAGGCACCGCAAAACCGUCGUCAAGAUGACUGAACAGAUGACCCUAAGGGGGACCCUAAAGGGCCACAAUGGUUGGGUCACCCAGAUUGCGACUACUCCUCAAUUUCCCGAUAUGAUUCUGUCUGCGUCAAGAGACAAGACCAUCAUCAUGUGGAAGCUGACGCGUGAUGAGACCAACUACGGCGUCCCCCAGCGUGCUCUGCGUGGCCAUUCUCACUUUGUGAGCGAUGUGGUCAUCUCCUCGGAUGGGCAGUUUGCGCUGUCCGGGUCCUGGGACGGGACCCUGCGUCUGUGGGAUCUGACCACUGGCACAACCACCCGCCGAUUCGUCGGGCACACGAAGGAUGUCCUCAGCGUCGCCUUUUCUGCUGACAACCGCCAGAUCGUAUCUGGAUCUAGGGACAAGACCAUCAAGCUGUGGAACACCCUGGGGGUCUGCAAGUACACCAUCCAGGACGAGAGUCAUUCUGAGUGGGUCUCCUGCGUGCGUUUCUCUCCCAACAGUAGCAACCCCAUCAUUGUCUCCUGCGGCUGGGACAAGCUGGUGAAGGUGUGGAACCUGGCCAACUGCAAGCUGAAGACUAACCACAUUGGCCACACUGGGUACCUGAACACCGUCACCGUCUCCCCCGAUGGCUCCUUGUGUGCCUCUGGUGGCAAGGACGGUCAGGCCAUGCUGUGGGACCUGAACGAGGGGAAGCACCUGUACACCCUGGAUAGUGGAGAUAUCAUCAACGCUUUGUGCUUCAGCCCCAACCGCUACUGGCUGUGCGCUGCCACUGGCCCCAGCAUCAAGAUCUGGGACCUGGAGGGCAAGAUCAUCGUUGAUGAGCUGAGGCAGGAGGUGAUCAGCACUAACAGCAAAGCCGAGCCGCCCCAGUGCACAUCCCUGGCCUGGUCUGCUGAUGGACAGACCCUGUUUGCUGGUUACACAGACAACCUGAUCAGAGUGUGGCAAGUCACCAUUGGAACCCGAUAAACUUUUUUUACUGAAAAAGAAAAGGGCCUCUGACUUGUCAAACCUGAAUAAAGGAAACAUGUGAAGCUUCA